AGCCUCCUCCGAUGACGUCGCGUGACUAACCCGGAAACGGCAAAUCGCUUUUCUUCUUGUUGGAGCUCGCGGGCGCUUGCCUUCCACUCAUCCUCCUUCUUCUUCUUCGUCUUCUCCUCGUAAGCGUGCCGUCCAAGCUGCCUCCGCCGGCGACAAGGACGGUAAUCUUGCUUGAGGACUGAGACCAGAGGCCACCCACCAGGCCGGGCCUCGCCACCCCUGACCCGCUCUUCUGCCGCCACGUCGCCACCUCUCCACGCCGGGGGCCACGUGACGCUCAGGGUGCUGCAGCAGCGGGGUUGAGAGCCGGCCCGUCAUCUGCGCCUGCUCUGCCCGCGCUUUGUCGCAGUGCUCCAUUUCAGCGUUGCUCUGCUUCUGGGUGUGUUUAUGGCGGCCACGGAGAGUGCAAGGCGAUGCCACGCUGAGCAGGAAUCAACAUGGGGAACCUACUGAAGGUGUUGACCUGCACCGACCUGGAACAGGAGCCCAAUUUCUUCCUGGAUUUCGAAAACGCUCAGCCCACAGACGGCGAGCGCGAGGUGUGGGAGCAGGUGGACGUAGUGCUGAAGGACGCCAAGGCAAUCCUGGACGAGCUGCAGGCCUACAAAGGGGCCGGACAGAAGAUCAGAGAGGCCAUCCAGAACCCCAACGACGAGGCGCUCCAGGAGCAGGCGUGGGCGGCGGUGGUCCCCCUGGUGGGGAAGCUCAAAAAGUUCUACGAGUUCUCCCAGAGAUUAGAAGCGGCGCUGCACAGCCUGCUGGGCGCGCUGACCAGCGAGACGUACGACGACCCCACGCAGCACCUGGAGCGGGAGCAGGCGCUCGCCAAGCAGUUCGCUGAGAUCCUGCACUUCACGCUGUGCUUUGACGAGCUCAAAAUGACAACUCCUGCCAUUCAGAACGACUUCAGCUACUACAGGAGAACACUGAGUCGCAUGCGCAUCAACAACCUACCGGCCGAGGGUGAAAAUGAAGUUAACAACGAACUGGCCAACCGGAUUUCGCUCUUCUACGCCGACGCCACGCCCAUGCUCAAGACGUUAAGCGACGGCACGACGAGGUUCGUGUCGGAGAACAAGAACCUGCCUAUCGAGAACACCACAGACUGCCUGAGCACCAUGGCCAGCGUCUGCAAAGUCAUGCUGGAAACGCCGGAGUACCGCAGCCGCUUCGCCAGCGAGGACACGGUGUCGUUCUGCCUGCGGGUGAUGGUCGGUGUCAUCAUCCUCUACGACUACGUCCAUCCCGUCGGCGCCUUCGCCAAGUCGUCAAAGAUCGACAUGAAGGGUUGCAUCAAAGUGCUUAAAGAUCAGCCUCCCAACAGUGUGGACGGCCUCCUCAACGCUCUCAGGUAUACGACCAGGCACCUAAACGAUGAGUCCACCACCAAGAGCAUCAAGCUCAUGCUGCAGUAGCACCGAGCUGCCGUUUGUGCUGCUGACACCUCGCGUCCUGCUGCGUGUGCGUGGGGGAGACGCGCCGCUCGCCCGACGGACGCCGCUCCACGGAAUGUCGUUUUUCCUUUUUGUUUUUCUUCUUUUUCUCAUUGAAAAAGAGCCGCAGCUCCGCCCUCUUUUUUUGUAAUGCAAAAUCCUACUGUCGCCAUGAACGUUUUUUUCCGUGCCCCAAAAAAAAAAAGAAAAAGAUGUCGCUGAACUACAAUGUGAGCCAUGCAACAAUGGCAACUAAUGGAAGCAUUGUACGCCCUUUUUUGUGUCUUUUCCCCCUCCCCGCUCUUUUCAAGGGACACGAGAGAGAGUGUUCUGACUUGAACAUUUGAGAGAGAAAUAUAUAGAGAAGUAUAUAUUAUUUUUGUUUGAUUUGUUAUUUAAUAACUGCAUGAUGAAAAUGAUUAUUUUUUUCAUCUAUUUAAAAAGAGAAAAGCUGUUUUGGUAGAGUUUGUCAGCGCUGUCGUGUGUGUGUGUGUGUGUGUGUGUAUGCUGUCGUCAAAACGGUACUUGUGGCAAUGAGAUUGAAAAGUACUGUUUUUAAAAAAAUAUAUAUUUUCAUGGUUUUUUUAUUUUUUAUUUUUUUUUUGUCGACUUUUAAAACUGUGAUGUGCGCAAAAAAAAUCGAGUGAAAAGUGAGACUGUAAGUCAGUGGAGGAAUUAAAAGGUGAACGCUUGUUUUUCUACAAGAAUCAUA